AUGGCCACCCGAAGAAACAUUUCUUUCUUGAAGAAGUUGCUUCUGUUGGACAGCAAAGAAAAUGAGGAUGCCGAGCGGAACAUGUACUACUGGGAUGAGUCGCCGUUCGAGGACAUCCGCACGCGAGCAGCCUUUAUCCGUGCUAGGGCCAAGUGCCCCGUCACGCAGAAACCGGUGAACUUCGUGUGUCCCCACUCUGGAAUCCCCACACAUCAUGACCAGGCCGCCUGGGAGAAUGAUGUUGAGUACCAUGAGAAAAAAAAGUACGAGUUGUUGAAAAAAGUCAACCUUUACGAACACGACUUGCGCUCGGGCCGAAAGUUCAACGAGUUCAUCUUCCCCGGACCAGUGGAAAGAGACGUCAUGACCUCGUUGGCUUCGUGGGACUCUUUCUUCUACACGAGAGACUUUAAUCCGAUGAAUACCGAGUUCAACUUGGCCGCCGCCACGAAAGUGUUGACGUAUCCCACGACCAUUGCGUCUUUAUUGCAUAGAUUCACUCCGUAUGCAUUGGAGCCCAAGGUCCCUCUUACCUUGGAGGGCUUGCGUUCGAUGUCCGCCUUAAGAUACUCCUUGUAUUCGCCCUCGAAGAGCAAAGAUGCGGACGCCAUGUUCAAGGAUCGCGCCAUGCGUAUUUUCAUUGUGGGUGCCCGCAUGGAAGCCAUGCUUCCUGGGUACGUGUGGAAGCAAUUUGGAUACCUCUUUCCGGACACCAAGUUUGAGAUCCACUUGAUCGGGCCCCACUCGCAUUUCGAUAGCGAGUUGAAGCAAUUCACGGCCACCGACAAGCCACACGGCAGACCGCUUGUCACACAGUACGACGAGCAGAUCACUAUACACCACCACACGAAAUACUUCCAUGAGAUCUACAACACAGGAGAUCUCUUCCCGUUCGACCCUUAUUUAGACGUAUUCUUUGCCUUCCAUCCAGGUUUCAGAACGGCCGACGAGAUUCACUGGGACAAGUCCUUGAAGGGCUUGCUUGAGUCCAAAUGUGCAGUUUUUGUCACUGGUUAUCACGAAAAGGAUUUGAAGCGUGAGAUGAAGUGGCUUGUGGAGCACCCCUUGUACGAGGAGACUGACAUCUUGAUGAACCCAGGCGCGAACAUCUUUGGAUCCACAAAGUUGGACUUGGUCGACUCAAAUCCAACCGAAACAUUCCAGGCAAAUAGUGAGGUUUUCGCGUUCAGAGGUAAAAGAUACCAUGCGAUUAAGACUUAA